AUGCCCGGAUGCAAGAGCUCAUGCCAGGAACAUGAAACAGUGGAUAGCAAGAAUAAACCACCAGGAGGGAUAGUGUCUCUGGAUUAUAUUGACUCAGGCACGUGGGCAGAAGUAAACCUGGAGAUUGAUGAUUCCCAGAAUCUACAAUAUGGUAGAGGCUCGCACACGUCGGGAGUGGGGAAAGAUCCACCCUGUCAAACGCUGCUGGGGGACGCCAGUUUGGUGACGCUAGAGGCAUCAUGGACAGAUCUAAAGAGAACUGCAUUGCGGGGUCUCUUAAGGCCACUGAAUAACACCCAAAAGAAGGAGCAGCCAUCAUCAUCAGCCCCUGGAAGUAAUUCUGAAAAGGAACUGGCAACAAAACAGAAAAGUGAAGAAUCGAAAAAAAGGCAAUGGGCUUUGGACGAUUUUGAAAUUGGUCGUCCCCUGGGUAAAGGAAAGUUUGGUAAUGUUUACUUGGCAAGAGAAAAACAAAGCAAGUUUAUCCUGGCUCUUAAAGUAUUAUUUAAGGCUCAACUGGAGAAAGCAGGAGUUGAGCAUCAGCUGAGAAGAGAAGUAGAGAUACAGUCCCACCUCAGGCAUCCAAACAUCCUCAAACUGUAUGGCUAUUUCCAUGAUGCCACCAGAGUUUACCUAAUUCUAGAAUAUGCACCUCUCGGAGCUGUCUACAGAGAACUUCAGAAACUGUCGAAGUUUGAUGAGCAGAGAACUGCUACUUAUAUCACAGAGUUGGCAGAUGCCCCGUCUUACUGUCACUCAAAAAGAGUCAUUCAUAGAGACAUUAAGCCAGAGAACCUACUCCUUGGAUCGGCUGGAGAGCUUAAGAUCGCAGACUUCGGGUGGUCGGUACACGCCCCAUCCUCCAGGAGAACCACCCUCUGUGGCACCCUGGAUUACUUGCCCCCAGAGAUGAUUGAAGGCCGAAUGCAUGAUGAGAAGGUAUAUCUCUGGAGCCUUGGGGUUCUUUGCUAUGAAUUUCUCGUUGGGAAGCCACCUUUAGAGGCAAGCACAUACCAAGAGACCUACAAAAGAAUAUCACGGGUUGAAUACACAUUCCCUGACUUUGUGCUGGAAGGAGCCAGGGACCUCAUUUCAAGACUGUUGAAACAUAAUCCCAGCCAAAGGCCGACUCUCAAAGAAGUACUAGAACACCCCUGGAUCAUAGCGAAUUCAUCAAAACCAUCAAGUAGCCAAAAAAGCAAAGAAUCAACUAGCAAACAAUCUUAAGAAUGGUGCACGGUGAGGAUUCUGAGAGGCAGGGCUGCCAUCUGGUGUCACAACAGGCCUCCCCGUGCCCGAGGGCACUGCCGACAAAGGCCUGCUGAGCAGGCGCUGCCUCAGUCUCCCCACCCAAGAGUGCACUCCAGCGAACACUGCUCUGGAGUGAAAGGAGCCACAGGAAUUGACAAUGUCACUAGUUUCACAACCCGGAAGCGAGGUUCACCUGGAGCCUCCCCACAGCCUGGCUGGAGCGAGGCCUCCCUGUGGAGCGGGGACCGGCUCGGGGUCUGACUGCGGGGAGAGGGGCCACAUCACCGUGACUCCAUCAGUGACACAGGCGUGCAAUAACCUUCUGAGCCCCUUCGCGUGUGUGUAACUUAUUGGGUGGCCAAGCCUGGGAAAGCCGUCAGGAUGAACAUGUGAUUCUUUCUUUUAAUGUUAAAAUAAAGAUUUUUUGUCGA